UUGGACCAUCGAAACAGACCGACUUCUACGCAAUAUUACUUUCAAGAGUUAUCUUACUUAAAGUAGUUUGAAAUGUAAUGUAUUUGCCUUAAUCUAUGUUUGAUAUACCUUACAAAGGGCCGUCAUUUUAUAUGACCGUAUUUGUGUGAUCUCCAGUGCAAAUUCGUUCUGUGGUAGUGUAGUUUGUUUGCAAUAUUUGGCAUGUAGCUGGCGGGAAGUGAAAAUGUUAUCAUAUUUAUCCCUUUACGAUAUUUUCAUCAAUUAGCCAAUGGAAGGUGUCUUUUUAACCAGGGCGUGCCCCGCUUAAUGUUUUUGAAAAUCACGGUCGAUUAAUGUGAGAAAAGUACUUGCACCGGGGCUUUUUCUGGAUGGUAGCGUCCCACUGGAAGGAUCCGCUUGCUCAGACAUUUCCACCACAAUGUCUCAGUCAGAGACGUGUUGCAUUUGUGGGGUGAGGUUUGUGAGGGGGCCCAAGGGUUACAACAGGAGGAAAGUCACCACGCUGACCAGCCCCAAGACCUUCCAGCUAGUCUUUGACAUCACUCCUGAUGACUCAUCCUUCCUCUGCUGGGUCUGUCUGGGUGUGCUCAGAAGGAAAACCAAGCAGGAUGGGAAGCUUUGGACUUGGUCAGAUUUGCCAACAAAAGUUGGCAGACAUCGAAAGCCCCGUGCCGAAAUACCAAGCUCAUCCACAACAUUAUCCAAUCAAACUCCAAUUAUAACCAACCCAUCCUCGUUAUCCAUAGAGGAGUGCAUUGCUUCUAAAAAAAACAAACGGAGGCCAGUUCGUCAGUGGGACGGGGAGAAAUGGACCACCUUGACUUCUCGUUCCCCAGAAUCCCAUUCAACGGCCAUCAGACGACCUCGAACGCCCAUAGCCCCAACCACACACUCCUCUUCAACACCAUCAAAUCAAGUAAAUUCCUCCACAUUAUCAAGUCAAACUUCAAAUCAGAUCAGUUCUCUGUUCUCCUUUGGCGAGAGGACAACAAAAAGACGUCCGAAGGCACCCCAACCUACAACACGCUCCACACUCCUGUCUCCGUUCCCCGUUGACGAAGGUAUAAGGCCCAAGAAGAAGAAGCUCCCUUUCUCCAAGACUAAGCAGAGCUAUGGGUUUGGCCCUCAUGCCAAGGCUCUGCAUUACAUGCACAGCCACCAGCACCUGAAGGCCUUCAGGUCCCUGAUGAAGACCAAAGCUAGAGAAGCCAUGAUCAUUUUCCUCGCCGAGGUCAUCGCCCAGGAGAGUAAGUUAUUGAUGAAGGACCAACGUGGGCCGCUGCGUCAGCCGCUGACUGAGGCGAGUGUGAGUGGGUUUUCCUGGGACGCGGUUCUAGCGUGGGGGGAAGAAAAGGCCCCUAUGACCCUGGCCUGUCUUAGGGCCAUGUUCCCCAAACCCAACACCAUCAGGACACGGGUUAUGAUGGGAGCAAGGGAAGUUAAACGCCCGAGGACAGAAGAGGCGGCAGGUGAUAUGGUCAGCCAGAGGGCGGGGCUUAUCCUGGCCAUCGUCCUCUACACCUCCAUGCAGAAGUGCAACUUCAUCCAGGCCUCUCUGGGGGUCGAGUUCUGGAAACAGGGCUGUCCUCUCAGCGUGUUGAAAGCCCUCAGUGCCCUGGGGGUGUGUCCCGGUGCUGCCUCUACCAGGAGACACGCAGAGAGGCUGACAACCGGCUUUGAUCCACCUCAGCAGGACCGGACAGAGGGGGUGGUGGUGGUGGAGGAACCUGGGGACUCCUUUUGUAGAUCUGAGGAUGAGAGUUGGACUCUGAGUUGUUCUGAAGAGUAUCUCAGUUCCUCUCCGACCCACUCUCUGAACCCGUUCUCAGACCAAUCGCACUGCAGAGACGGGUCCUCGUCCGAUCGGAGUUCCAGACCUGACUCCAGAUCUCGCUCCAGGAGCGACGACUACCAAGGCCCUACUCAGAGGCAUGACUCUCGGGAGUACCAGAAUCUGAUCAAAGAACAUGGUUACCACAAAGUCCAGAAUGUCUUCCUGUCCCUCUCAUGCCUUCACAGACCUACAUUGAGUCGAUGGACGAAGAACAGUGAGGACAAAAGGGAGGCAAAGGAAAAACCUGUUCAAAACCCCAAGAGAAGGAAGAUGACAAAAAAGAAACCUGCUCAAUCGCCUCCAGUAGUAAACGCAACUGGCGCAUACCGUUCAGACAUGGAGACUUCUCAAAUAAGUAAGGUAAACAUGGAAGUCGUUCAAACAUCUCAAGUAGACAACACACACGUGGAACCCGUUCAAACGUCUCAAGUAGACAACACACACGUGGAACCCGUUCAAACGUCUCAAGUAGACAACACACACGUGGAACCCGUUCAAACAUCUCAAGUAGACAACACACACGUGGAAUUCGUUCAAACGUCUCAAGUAGACAACACACACGUGGAACCCGUUCAAACGUCUCAAGUAGACAACACACACGUGGAAUUCGUUCAAACGUCUCAAGUAGACAACACACACGUGGAAUUCGUUCAAACGUCUCAAGUAGACAAUACACACGUGGAACCCGUUCAAACGUCUCAAGUAGACAACACACACGUGGAACCCGUUCAAUUGAGUGAUACAAACAAGAAACAUGCUCAUAUAAGUGAGACAAAUGUACAACCUGCUCAAAUGUCUGUAAUGAGCGAGACAAACAUGGAACAAAUUAAAAUGCCCAGAAGAGGCAGGCCAAGGAAGGAACUUGCUCAAAUGUCUGUAAUGAGCGAGACAAACAUGGAACAAAUUAUAAUGCCCAAAAGAGGCAGGCCCAGGAAGGAACUUGCUCAAGUAAGUAAAACAAACCUAGAACACACUCAAACUCCACAAAUAACCGACACACACUUGGAACCUGCUCACAAGCUCAGAAGUCCAAGGAAGAAACCUGUCCAAACGCCCCAGGUAACUGACACACAAAACAAACCCAUUCAAGUAAGCAAAUCAGACAUUAAACUUGCUGAGACAAACAAAGAAUCAGUUGUACAGGCCAAGAAUGGGAGGCCAAAGAAGGGAUUUGUUCAAAUUCCACUAUUAACCGACACUUGCAUGAUAGCCAUUCCAGUAAGCGAGGUAAACGCGGACACCACUUUAAUGCCCAGUAGCGUGAGAUCAAGGAAGAGACCCAGACAAGUUCCCCAAGUAUCCGGCACAAACCAAGAACUAACUCAAAUGCCCAGAAUAACCCAAACCAACAAGGAACCCUCCGAAAUGCUUCAGAAAAUGGACACACGCAUUGCACCUGCUGUAACAUCUAAAAGAGGGAGGACAAGGAAGGGACCAAUUGAAAUGUCCCAAGAAACCGACUUCCACACAGAAGCCGGUCUAAUGCCUCAAGCUGGUGAAAUGAAUCAGCAACGUAUCGAAGGAUGGGAAACAAAUAAAGAACCCGCUGAACCCCAACAACUCACUGGAAAGGCUAAAGUAAAUCAGAGCAAUAAAGUACCUGCAAAGACACCUGAAGAACUAGAUCAAAUGGAAUUCAUUUCAAAGCGCAAACGAGGCAGGCCAAGGAAAGAACUUGCUCAAGUGAUCAACACAAGCAAGGAAACCCCUUCAAUGCAUAAAAUCAGCAAAACAGGCAAAGAAUCUGCUCUUACCCGGGAAAUAAAAAUUAUUGUCAAUAGGAUGGAAAGCUGUAGUGCUGCUGAAAUGCCCCAAAUACGUGAGAUGAACAAUGAACCUGUUCAAGUAAGUGCGGAAAACUUUGAACCUGUUCAAAGACUGAGUGGGGGGUCAAUGGAGGGACUCGUUCAAAUGCCCCAAUUAAGCUGCACGGACAUGGAACCUGGUAAGUUAGGCAGGACCAUCAUGGAAACCACUUCAACGGCAGAGAGGACUGACAAAGAACCUGUUCGAAGGCCUCAAGCAAAUGAAACAAAAGCAGAACUUGCUCAAACGUCUCAGAUAAUGGAAACGAUAAAGGAACACAUUCAAGUAACCAACACAGACAAGGAAACCGCUUCCGUGCCCAAAAGAAGCUGCACAGACAAGGAACUUGCUAAAAGGUACAAAAUGAGUGACUUUCAGACCCGGGUAAUAAGAAUAGUUGACACUAGGAUGAGGGCAAAAGAAUCUGUUUCAAUGCUUCAAGUACACGACACAAACCAGGACCCUGAACCUGCUGCAACACCUGAAAUAGGCGACACAAACAAACAACCCGCACGAGUGAUCAGAAUAGUUGUUAACAGGAGGAUACCGGCAGACAUAUGUAGUCACACCCGGAAAAGCCUGGAGUGCCUGGCUGAGGUAGCGGCCAAAUGUGCUCCAUUAGAUGUUAAAUCUGCCGAAGAGGAUGGAUAGGUAGGUAGACGCAUGUUACUUAUCAAAAUAACCAACUUCACAACAUGACGUCUCAGGAAGAAUUUUUUUUUUUGUGAAAGGGUAUAACCCUAACUUAAUGGGUGGGGAAUAGUCUGCCUCGUCUUCUGUAUUAGUUUUACUGUAAUUGUACAUACCAGGCCUUUGUCUUAGCAAUUGUCUUCUCCACCUUGUUCAUUUGAUAUGUACAUAAUCCCAGCAACCUUCUUGUGUUUUUUGUCAUUGUGUCCACUGUGGAUUUAGUGUAUUUGUUAGUCUUAUUCCAUUUUGUAUUUAGUUGUUCUGGUUGUACUUCUGUGGUUGUUGACAAUAUAAUAUGUACAAUGUAAUAAAAAUGUAUGUGUUUUGUACAAAGGUUAUUCCUGCAGUCAUAGUAUCCAUGCUAAUUUCAGGGUAUUUGUUUUCAUUACACUUACAAAUUUAAUUUGACUAAAAGCAAAGACUGUGAACCAAAACAGAUUUGCCCACUAAUCUUUAAACUAGAAAAUAAAUCGUUAGAAAACAACCACAGCGUUUAUUUUGACUCAAGGCUUUUCCUUUCAUACUGUUUUUGAUGUAUACAUUCUUGCAAUAAUAUUGCGUGGUAAUACUUGUGAUAAUUGUGUGUAUAUUGCUGUUGUCUUAUGUAAAAAUGAAGCUCAGAAUAAACAGUACAAUUGUAUACAUGGA